GUGAGCCCAGGCAUGGGCAUAUCAGACAUGCAAUGUGCGCUAAGGGUAUGGCCAGCACAUAAGAAAACCCUGCACUGAUAGAAAUGUAGGGGUAGACAACCUUCACCGCUUUAGCUGUUGUUUGUGGAAACUACAUGUACCAGUAUCCCCUGCCCAGCCUUUCUGCGUCAGGAAUUGUGGGAGUUGUAGUAGCAAGACAGAAGGAGCGCCUAAGGUACCUCAUCCUUGGGCUAAUGCCGUCAGCAGCGUGAAGGGGUUAAGCAGCUUCCUAGAUUAGGCUGAGAGCGGGGCUGGCUGGCUGCUUCCCUGCCCCUCUGCUGUAUGUAAAGGCAGGGAGCCAUCCGCACAGGGACAAGCGGCAGAGCUGGGAACACCUGAAGCCGAGCUGUUUGGAGGGGGCGGGAGUAAUUCCUUGCUGUUCUGACACCUCUGUGCUCGCAAUGAGCAUCCUGCGGUGAGGAGAUAAGGAGACUGGAGCGACGGAUUCGCACCCAGCACCCUCGGUUGUUUUAGUGCCGCAUAUAUAUAUAUACACCCCUAUAUACGGGCAGCAGCAUAUAUAUACGGGCAGCGGUAUAUAUACACCCCUAUAUACGGGCAGCAGUGCAGCUGCUGGGGAUGGGACUGGGCGCUUGAUGGCUGUGCCGCUAUAGAUUGCCUCAUUGAUUCGCUCCACAGCGCCUGAUAGGUGACGAGAGAGGGGGGGGGAAUCCUACUGUUCUCGUCAUCGCCUUCUCAUUCCUGAGCCAUUGGGGUAUUCGCGCACUAUUUCAGCCUUUUGUAGCGGCACGUCCCCGGCUUGAGGUCGAAGGGGGAGAUCUCACCCCCUCCCAUUUGACUGGCUGUUUUAUUUUGCCCCCUCAGUGCUCGGUUCCUUUGUGCCUGACAGUCGGCUGAGCGGAGCCCUAUGCUGAAUCAGGCUAUUGUUUGGCAUCUGAGCGCUUUCACGCUACAAAUCUCUGCUCGCUCCCCCUCCCCUUCCCUGGCUGAGAAGCCCCAGAAUGUGCCUUUCCCGCACAUGAAUGUGGAAGCGAUAAGCUGGAUUGAUUGCAAAUGAAGUGGAAUGCAUUGUGGGACGUGGGUACAACUGGAUCAUUCGAGCGGCCCUGCAGCCUCGGCUUCCUCGGAGGAGGUGGUAGCGGCACCAUGUUGGCAGCCAGUGCCCAUGUUGGGCGCCUGAGGUUCCGCUGAGAGGGCGAGUAGCAGCAGAGCCGAGGCCUGUCCCAUGCAGGCGCCCCAUUAGGCGUCAGGCAGCCUCCCGACAUGAAGAAGACCCGGAGUACAACGUUACGCCGGGCCUGGCCUAGUGCUGACUUUUCCGACCGGGCCUCGGAGCGUAUGAGGUCCCGGAGCGAGAAGGACUAUCGGCUGCACAAACACUUCCCACCAACCUUCAUUUCCCAGGCAUCCCGGGGCUAUAUGACAUCAGGUGAUGUGUCGCCCAUCAGCAUGUCUCCAAUCAGCCAGUCACAGUUUAUUCCUCUUGGGGAAAUCCUAUGCGUGGCCAUCUCCGCUAUGAAUUCAGCUAGAAAGCCUGUCACCCAGGAAGCACUAAUAGAACACCUGACAACAUUUUUUCCAGGUGUGCCCACCCCAAGUCCAGAGGUCCUUCGGCAUACACUGAACAUGCUUGUGCGAGAGAGAAAGAUCUACCCUACUCCUGAUGGAUACUAUAUCGUUACACCACAGACCUAUUACAUAACCCCAUCUCUUAUAAGAACUAACAGUAAAUGGUACCACUUGGAUGAGAGGAUACCUGACAGGUCUCAGUGUACCUCUCCACAACCAGGAACUAUAACACCAUCCCCUUCAGGAUGUGUCAGGGACAGAACUCUCUCCAAAAACCACUGCGACUCUUGCCAUUGCUGCAGAGAAGAUAUGCAUAGCAUUCAUGCAUCAACCCUACAAAGGAGAUCCCCAAAAGACUGCAAAGACUCAUACUGCCCCCCAUCCAUUUGUCAGAUUCCCCCAACUGAGAAAAGCAAAAGUACUAUAAAUUAUUCAUAUAAAACAGAAACACUCACAAAAUCUAAAGAUGGGGAAAAGCCAUCUAAAAAAUUUGGCCUAAAAUUGUUUAGGCUAAGUUUUAAAAAGGAUAAGGCAAAGCAACUGGCCAAUUUUUCAGCUCAGUUUCCUCCUGAAGAAUGGCCCCUAAGAGACGAGGACACUCCGACCACUAUACCCCGUGAAGUAGAAAUGGAAAUUAUUAGGCGAAUAAACCCAGACUUGACAGUAGAAAAUGUUGUGAGGCACACUGCACUAAUGAAAAAACUUGAAGAAGAAAAAUCUCAGAGGAGCAAGGCUGGGUCAUCAGCUCACCACAGCGGGAGAAGUAGAAGGAGUAGGACUCACAGGAAAACUCAUGGAAAAUCUCGUUCUCACAGCAAGAAUAGGGCUUCCAAAGGUGACCCAUCUGAGGGCUCACAUCUAGAUAUACCUGCAGAAAGAGAGUAUGAAUUCUACCAUCCUCGGAAUCGAUCACCCAGGGAGGGCUGUUUUAUAAUGGAGCGCAAAGGAGGAGAGAAUUUUGUUGUGCUUAGCAAUCCGAGCAUGAUUGAGUCCCAUUUUCCUGUUACACCGGAAUGGGAUGUCUCUGGUGAACUGGCCAAAAGGAGAACUGAAAUGCCUUUUCCUGAGCCUUCAAGGGGUAGUUCCCAUUCCAAGGUCCAUCGUAGCCACAGCCAUACACAGGAUAGAAGAUCAAGAAAUGAACGGUCAAAUAAAGCCAAGGAAAGGUCUAGGUCCAUGGACAACUCGAAGGGGCCUUUAAGCGGUGCUUCUUUAGGUACACCAGAUGAUCUAGGGGAAGGCUGCAGCCUUGAUGAGAAAACGCCAAGCCAGUCUUAUAUUGAUGAUGGUACUUUAAGACCAUCCCACUCGUUGACUCAUCAGCGGACUCUGUCCUACAAAGACCCAUGUAUAACUGAACUUGCUAGUGGUGGUGCAGAUACUCCUAAAUCAUGCAGCCUAAUAGAACAAGGCAAACUUCCAGAUACAUUAUCUUCAUACAGUGAACUCAAUUCUUGUUCCAAAAAGACAGCAGAUGACUAUUUUCAGUGUAACACAUCUAGUGAAACUAUUCUCACUGCUCCAUCCCCUUUAGGAAAAAGUAAUAAAGAAGAUAUUGAUAUUUCAAGUCUCACAGAAGGCCUGAAAAGAUUGUCUCCUGCUGAAAAGCCACAACAACAUAUAGCCAGAGAACAAGGUGAAUACCGUGCAGAAUCACCAAAGGGCCAGAUUAGUGUUCUAUCCAUUGCUGCUUCUGGCCAAAGUCCUGAGGUGAUUUCCAAUGGUCGAUUGGUGCCACAUCAUAAUGCAGAAUCAAGUAGCCUUGACAAAAGGAAAGAAAUAUUCAGUAAAGAUACUUUAUUUAAACCUUUGCACAAUAGCCUAUCUGUGAACAGUUUUCAUAAAUCUGGUGUGAGCUUGCUAAAAUCACACCAAAAAACUUCUCCUGAAACACUGCCAGCAAGCGUUGAAAACUUUGAGCAACCUAUUACCACCUCAGUUUCCCAAAACCUUGCCGUCUCACCGAGGCCCCAGGAGCCUGGAGCAAAUCCAGAAGCCUCUUUUGAUUACUACAAUGUCUCUGAAGAUGAUGAGUCUGAGGAAGGCACACAAAAGACUGUAGAAGAGGAAAAAAAUCGAGAUGAUGUGGGCACCAUGCAGUGGCUGCUACAGCGGGAGAAAGAAAGGGAUUUGCAAAGGAAGUUCGAGAAGAACCUAACACUUCUGAACCCAAAGGAAAGUGAAAACAGUAGCAGCCAGAGGACCACACAUUCUGCUCGCUUAGAUAGCAUGGACAGUAGCAGCAUCACUGUAGAUAGUGGAUUUAACUCCCCACGUACACGUGAAAGCCUGGCAUCCAAUACUUCCAGUAUUGUUGAAAGUAACAGACGACAGAACCCAGCCCUUAGUCCUGCUCAUGGUGGUGCUGGCCCAACAUUUAACUUCCGAACAUCUGCUGCAGAAACCACAACAACUGAUGCUGAUAAACUACAGAAACCCACUAAUUGUUUGCAAGCUUCUGUUACUAGCGUUUGAUAGCCGUUCAGCCUCAAAUCUUGUUUUGUCU